AUGAUAGAGUGUUGUCUGGACUUUAUUGCAAGACCUCCUGUAUGGGAAGUGCUGGUUCAGCAAAUUCCUACCAAGAAAUUGGCUUCUGAAAUACCUACUCCACAGUUUGUGGUUGCGGAUACAUAUGAGAGAGACUAUUCCCGCACUUUUAGCCAACCAACAUCAUACCUACGUGCAAGGGGAGCUCGAGCUGAGAUUGGAGAGUUUGUCGAGUAUGAUCUCGACAAUGAGGAUGAAGAUUGGCUUCAGGAGUUCAACACAGAACGAAAAAUGCUAACAGCUGAAAUGUUGGAGGCUAUCUUGUUCAAAUUGGAGGUUUUGGAUCAUAAGGCUCGGGAAAGAGCGGGAGUUAUUGCUCCCACGCUUGGCUCACCUGUUCCUGUACUUCUAACGUUUGAGGCUUCAGCUGAGGUGAAGUUAACUCCCUUGAUUUCACAAUAG